CAACUAACUUAAGGUAAUAGAGUACGACUAUCAAUUACCUCGUUCACAGAGAACAGGAAGAAUAACGCAAUUAGACCUAGGGUUAGGGAAUCCAGUCCAUUAAACUCCUAAGAAUCGGACUUAUUGUUCGAAAUCCAGAAAUCGAUUUUCGAUCGAUCAAAGAUGUGGCACGAGGCGAGGAGGUCGGAGAAGAAAGUGCAUGAAAUGAUGGACGCUGCUCGGAAGAGAGCGCAGCGCAGAGCUAUAUACCUGGCCAAGCGGCGCGGCGACCCAAGCCAAUCUAUCCAAGCCGUCGGAACUCGCUGCCGCAUCCACCGUGACGAUGCUCUCUACCAGGCUACCGAAGACCAGCAGGGCUUGAUACCCUGGAAUGGGAAACAGGAUAUUAUGAUUGACAGAUUUGAUGGUCGUGCUCUUCUUGAUUUUAUUCGUGAUGGUAGUACACGCCGUCAUCGGGUCUCAGAAAUAACUGAGGAAGAAGAGGAGUUAGAAGAGUUUGUUAGUUUUGAGCGUUACCGGGAUUUAAUUAAGCAUCGACGUAGAGGAUUUACUGACAAGGAGGGACUGCAACAUGUUAACCAAGAGAUGGAGGCUAAGAUCAGUGCGUAUUUUGGAUCAGACAGUAAAUCUCAUGCGGAUCAGACGCCAGCGAGCAAGGGGCCUUACUCGCAAGUUGGUUUCUCUUAUGAUGGAGAUGAAAAGGAGGAAGCUCAAGAUUUAGAUGGCGAUGAAGAUGAUGACGAGGACGACGAUUACGAGGAGGAUUUUAACAGUGAUGACAGCAAUGAUGAAUUGAUGGAGUCAAUUGCAAAAGAAUUCGGAGUAAAGAGGUAUGGAUGGCUUGUAUACAUGGAUAAAAGGGCUAAAGAAGAGGAAAGGAGGCAGAAAGAAGUCAUCAAGGGAGAUCCUUCAAUUAGAAAACUGAGUCGCAAGGAAAGAAGGAAGGUUUCUCAGAUGGAAAGAGAGAAGGAAAGAGAAGCUGCAAGAAUAACUGGAACUAGAGUGCUUCGUCACGAUCCAUAUCGUGAAUCAAGGCACAGCCCUACUUAUGAAGCUUAUUCACAAUCUAGAAGCAGAUUGAGGUCGAAGUCUCGGUCCUACUCUCCAUCACAGUCAAGGCGCCAUGCACAUGGAUCACGCACUGAUGAUCUUAAUCGAGGGAAAGAUAGGGCUCCAAAAAUAGAAUAUAUUACAGAAUUUGGGGGCUUUGAUGAUGGGGAUGAGCCAAAGCUUGAAGGAUAUUCUCCACCACCAUCUCCUUCGUCCCGUGCUGAUGCAUUGAAUCGGCCAUCGUCUGGUCGCAUACUCGAAGCUCUUCAUGCAGACCCCGCCUCUGGUGUAUCCCUUGACAGAGAAAAGAAUGCCAAACUGUUGAAGCCACCAAUGAGCACAUCCUCAGCACUCGCAAAGUUGAGCAAAACCACAAGUAGUGGGAGCCUAUCUAAGCAACUGGGGGAGAAGAAGGAAACACCUCAAGAGCGACUUAAACGGAUCAUGAGCAAACAAUUGAACAAACAGAUAAAAAAAGAUACAGCUAUUGAAAUGGCUAAGAAACGAGAGCAAGAGCGACAGAGGCUUGAAAAACUAGCUGAAACAAGCCGAGUUAGCCGAUAUCGGCAGCGAAGCCGUAGUAGAAGUUACAGCCGCUCUCCUCCAAGGUAUACAUAUACAUCUACCAAUCUUGCUUUUGGCUGUUGAUUGAAGGAUUGUUCU